CAAAGUGCUGUCGGAAGCGUAGGACCUUGCUGAUGGCUCGUUAUCAGAGGAGAAAAUGAAAAGAUGGGAUGAUAAAACGAGCUGUUAAUGUGUCAGUUUUUUAUUUACUCUUUACCCAUUCUGACGCCAGGGGGAAAUCGAGGAAUAAUUGGACGUUCUUUAUUAAAAUCGAGAUGGUUUUAAAAAACGCGGAUGCUGCUACCUCAUCGGCACACAAAAACACCGCAGUUGUCUUCCGGUGAGGUAUUUAAAAUCCCCAAACCGAUAUUUAUUCAGAAAUAGGAAAGAAAACUACUGCACAACUGCUAACUAAGAUUCAUCAGCGGAUCAUUUCCUGUGCAGUUUGGAGAGAGAGAGGUAAAGAGCUGAAAUACAGACUGAACUCCUGCUGGACUGGUCAUCAUGCAUUGUGGAUUCAGUGAACUUCAACACAACUACUGUGUGUAGAACAGCAGGGCCUGCAACAGCACCGCCUCUAAAUGGACCACCGGAGACAGACUGCUCCAAGUAUAAUCUCAUCCAAUAGAAUAUAUGCAUUGACACGCCUUGGAUUGCUGUGUGAAUUCCUGUCGUGCACCUCUCUGUAUCGGCACGAACGCCACUGAAAGCUUUGGGAUGGAUAAUAAGCUCACUCCUUAUGGAAACCUAUACUUGAAGCACUAACGACUGCUCUUUUAAAUGCACUUCUACAGCCCUGUAUAAAGACUGGUCCAGCCCUAAGUGGAAUCCCUUCGACUAGAUGAAAGAGCUGCUGUUCUUUUGCUCUAGUCCUUGUAUUGAAUAUUUCAGUCGCCAGCUGAUUCUGCUGAGAUGCAAACACUAAUAAGCAGACACCAAUUGACGACACAUUGAAAUACUCUGAAAGCACCAUAUGAAGUAGUCACUUCAGACUGGCGGUCUGUAACACAGACUCUGCAGACACACAAGGAUACCCUGGUGACUGAACCACAGACCGGGUUUAUAUGCACGUAUAACACAAGCUAGGAGACCAGCACACCAAUGAGGAGCCCGGCAGAGUUUUCAAGAGUGCCGCUUUCCGAGGCGAUAUUGCAUGGAGAAUUUGGGGACCACAGUGGCAGCGGUAGCAGUGGAGGGGGAGCCGGCCCCCGCUACGCCCUGACACUCACCCCCUCAGAGCUGCACAUCCAGCGGCUGGUUCCUCGCCCCCAAGAUGACCGCAGGACCGUGGUGUCGCUGUCCGAUGUGGUCGGCUGCCAUGUCAUGCGUCGCAAAGCAUCGCCGGUGAAGGGAGGAGGGGCCGAGGAGGGUGAAGGACCCGCCUACUUCUCCCUCUACUCCUAUCCGGUGAAGAAGAGGCGGAUUGGGGGCGGGCGCUGCCGGCAGAGGGUGGUCCGGACUUUCCGAGUGGAUUCGGCGGCCCGGUUGUCGGAGAACCGGAGCGUGGCUGAGAAAUGGAUGACUGCUGUGCAGUGCCUGCUGAGGGGAGUGAACCUGACUGGAAAUACAGAGAUCACCAGCAGUCUCUUGCCCCGCCCCCGUCGCCUCCUCCUAUUGGUUAACCCCUUCAGUGGGCGGGGCCAGGCCAUGCAGCUCUGUCACACCCACAUUCUGCCGAUGGUCCGAGAGGCGAACAUCAGCUACAAUCUCAUCCAGACAGAGCAUCCGAACCACGCCCGGGAGCUGAUGAGGGAGAUUGCGCUGCAGGAGUGGGACGGCAUUGUCAUCAUCUCCGGGGAUGGACUGCUGCAUGAGGUGAUUAAUGGUCUGAUGGCUCGAGGGGACUGGAAGCAAGCUAUCCAGACUCCAGUGGGGAUCCUGCCCUGUGGCUCUGGCAAUGCCCUCGCUGGGGCAAUAAACCACAACGCUGGUUUUGAGAUGUGUCUCCGGGACCCCCUCUUGAUGAACUGCUGCUUUCUGCUGUGCAAGGGAGGAGUCUGUCCCAUGGACCUCGUUUCCGUAACGAUGUCGACAUCGAUCACCGCAAAGCAUCCUGGGGAAAAAACUGCCACGGAACCCAGCGAAGCCUCGUCGGCAAAGCUGGAGCGACUGGCCAGCGAGGAGGAAGGGGCGGGGUCAGCGAGCUUCGGCGGGGGUCACAGGCGCCUCUUCUCCUUCCUGUCAGUGGCCUGGGGCUUUGUGUCCGACGUGGAUAUUGAGAGUGAGCGAUACCGAGGGCUGGGCUCGGCUCGCUUCACACUGGGCACCCUGGUGAGACUCGCCUCCCUCCGGUCCUACAGGGGCCGCCUCUCCUACCUGCCCCAGUCUGCCGCCUCCCUCUCCUCCCUCUCCCUGCCCCCCCUCGCCCAGCUCCAGCAGCCCCCCAGGAGGCCUUUAUCCAGGAGCAUCACAGAGGGCCUGGGGGCCUACAGCCGGGUCCCCCUGCACAGGACGGUGUCUGACAUGGGACUGAGCGAGGAGCGCAACCUACUGAAGAGAAACACCUUGAGCGCUCUGUCUCCCGUGCCGGGCUGCUUGCAGGAGGGGGUCGGCCAGGACUCGGAGGAGACUCCCACUUUCCAAGCAGUACCAGGGACUGUUCAAGAGGUGUUGCCUCCACCCACACCCCAGUCACACCCCAGCAGUGCUGUGGUGCAGCCCGCCUGUGCGCCCCCUAGUGACGGCACAGCAACAGUGCAAGCUUUCUUGUCCUGUUUAGCAGAAGGGGUGCCGUCCAUUUCGGAAGCAGCUGCUGGUCACCCGUACAAGACUGCACCCACCCAGGAAGUACCAGUCUCACUGGCCCCUCCCAUUCCCAGCCCCUCUCCUUCGCCCUCGUACUUGCAUACUUCGGCAUUCACCUUUGACCUCCCGGUGUCUGCCGAUCAAAACCCCACCUCCGAACUGAACCACCAAUCGGAAAGCAGCUCCCAGACGAGAGCUGGAGAGUGGGUAGCUCGAUCUAAUGGCAGCGUCGAUUGCACGAAACAACAGUCUAGGUUCCUCGCACGGACGAUGGAUGCGUUCGACUCCGUAACCCAAGAGAGAGGUGUGAAGAACGACCCGGUGCAGAAAGCAGGAAACCAUUUCCCUCCACGAGCGGAAGACGAGACCGGACCGGUUGACGGGCUCCUGCAGCCUUUGGAUCAGCCGGUACCGAAGAACUGGGUGACCGUGGAGGGGGACUUCGUCCUGGUCUUGGCCCUCUAUCAGUCUCACUUGGGGGCAGACUUAUUCGCGGCCCCCCAGGCCCGCUUUGAUGACGGUGCCAUCCACUUGAGCUUUGUGCGAGCCGGGAUCUCCAGGGGGGUUCUGCUUCGACUCUUCCUGGCCAUGGAGCGAGGGACCCACCAGGAGAUCGAGAGCCCUUUCAUCAGCCACAUCCAGACCCGAGCCUUCAGACUGGAGCCCCUGUCCCACCGAGGCACGCUGACCGUGGAUGGAGAGCUGGUGCCCUAUGGAUCUCUGCAGGCUCAGGUGCAUCCUGGGAUGGGUCGUCUGAUUGUCGGAGAGCCUGCGGUGAAAAUCACAAAGUUCUGAGUUGUUUUGACGGGAGAGGAGUUGGACGUUCUGAAUCAACUUGUUUGUCAGGGGGGUCAUUGAUUUGCAUUCUGGGUGGGUUAGCAAGCAGCCCUUGCUGUUUUGGCAUUUACAUUCAAAGACAACUUUGCUUGCUCUUGCAUUCUGUGUGGACGACAAAAGGGGUGCUAGUUUUCAUUUUUUAAGAUUAUGUUGCACGCUGGAGAAAUGUAAGAGGCUGUGUCUCGGAGCGAGGUGUUUUCUGCUCUGGCACUGAAUGGCCUGUACUGCGGUCACUGAGGUUUUGAGAUGAUUUGUGAGUUUUUAGAUUGAAAGAUACCUGUGAAGUGUUUGAGUACCCCUUGACUUUACAGCUUUCUCACGACUUUGUGUUGCUCUGUUUCUUUAUACAGCACUGCUGCCUGGUUUAUUCCUGUUAUAAUUAGAGAUCCUUUUUAUUGAUUUGUUUUUCCAGGGUCACACAAUGCUGCUAACCCUUUUCAGAUUGCCAUCUAGUCCUGAGCACGUCUUUGCGAUUAGUUUGAAAACUGUGCCAAUCAGACCUGUCACAACACAGAAGGAAAUGAACUGUGUGUUUGUAAUAGUGCAGUUAGUCUUGAACAGCAAAGCAAAGGUAUGCUAUUAAGUGAUGAAAUGUGUUGAACAGGUGUGGUUGUGAUGUAUUGACAAGUGCCUGUCAAAUAUCUGCUCUCCUAAUGGAAGUGAUUCUCAUUAGUAUUAUUAUUAUUAUUAUUAUCAUUAUUAUUAUUAUUAUUAUUAUUAUUAGGCAUUACUGAACUGGGAGAUUGCUCUUGCAGUAAUUUCAUCACCCCACUCCCAGGCUGUAUGUGGUUCAAUCUUCCAUUUUCACGAGUCUGUGAAUCAGGGACUUCUAUUUAUUUACACAGAAAUGCAGUUAAGAAGCUUUUCUCUUUAAAAUAAAUAAAUAACAAGAAUAACAAGGUCCAAGUUAAUGUGGAAGAAAAAAUAUCUAAACAAUGGUGAUUGUUUAAAAUGCUAAAUAUAUAAUGAUGUGUGGAUUCAUUGCUGAUGAAAGCUGAGGGCUAGUAGCUGUGGUCAGGAACAGUGCCAGCAGGCUGACAGAGGAGUCGUCAGUCCCCACAUGAACACUCCCUGCCCGUUUGCCAUUGAGUCAUGUGUGUUUCUUUUAUGAUGCAGAGUGCAGUAACCUGCACUGUUUGGUGGCUCUGUUGAGAGUACAGACCAAGCUCAGGGCAUGAGAAUAGAUCCACAUUCAAAUACACUGACACCUACUAGAACAGCACCGGCAACACGGUGACACUGUAACGCAAGUCAAGGGGUGUUCACUGAGCUUUAAAAUCCAUGUGCUUGCAUUGCAAAUGACAAACAAACCGCUCCAGCCUUCUUUAACCUGCUCUUAAAGAUCUGUCGCCUCUGAGCUGCCUGAUUGUUUCGCUGCUGCUUUUAGUUUUCCUGGGUUUGUUUUUGUUUCGCAGCCCUUUCUUAUCAAGCUGAAGCAGGCUUAGUCUCAACAUGUUGACGCUCAGUGAAGCCGCUUGUCUGCCGCUGGUUCAUUUCCUCCUUGUGUUCCCGACCCUGCAGUAACUUUCAUCUGACGCGUUCAUGGAAAAUAUCCCUUCAUCAGGUGCAUUUCUGUGUGUAAACAGUUCUGAUUAAAACAUGUUCCACGUUUGUGUUUUUUAAUUUAAUUUGUACCUUUUUAAAAAAAUGCUUUUUUUUUUUUUUUUUUUUUUUAAGUUGAAAGUGCUCUAAAUUGUUCAAUGAUUUUUUUUUUGUGGUCUGUAGAAUGUGACUGAAAAGCCAUGGGAACACAGACUAGGUUUCAGGCCACUGCAUGCCUCAGUGCAGGCUCCUUCGAGGAGGCAAAGCAGGCAGGGCCUGCGCAUGUUUUCAAAGGGAAAAAAAUAGAAACCUGCUAGUUGUAGAUUGUAGCUGAUCCAUUUCUUGUGAGAUUGAGCUUUGGUUGACUUGUUUAGAGUGUUGUAGGCUGUAGAGUACAGCAGAUUAUUAAAAUUAUUCCAAGAGUCACAAACAUGCCAGACACUUGCGGAGUAGUUUUGUAUACAAAUAAUAAUAAAAAAAAAACUUAGCUAAAUAUUUGAUUGUCAAACAUUCAGUGCUUUUAAUGGCAUUGAACAUGGUCAGCAUACAGGUGGAUGAUGAUCAGUACAGCUCUUCAGCCAGCCAUAGCAGUAAACUCAUUCAUCAUAUUGGUGGUGAAAGAUAUCACAUAAAAUGUCAUUAUUGUUCAUAUUUUAUUUAGUAACAAAAAAAAAAGAUAAUACAUAAUAUGUAGUAAUUGAAAAGGAAACUAUUGAUUUAAUUGUUUAAACAAUAGGGUGUCACUGGUAUGGGGACUUUUAUUAGAAGUUCUCUAGUAGCUGAAUACAGCAGAGUUUGUGUGUCUGUCACACUGAUUUGAUCAUGCCAGGGAGGAAUGAGCUUCCCUUUUCAUGACACUGAAAAGCUCUCAUUAACCCCCUUCCACACACGUGCAAUCAAACUCCCCACUCCCAGGGGUCAUCUUGUCACAUAUUAACUGACAUCUGAAAUCAAUAAAGUCCAUUUUGACUCUC